AUGGCCUGUCCCAUCCCUAGCGACCAGAUUCGCCAGAACCUUGAGCGGUCCGCUCGUGAAAAGGGUUUGGGCUCUCCGUUCCAGCUGGGAGGCCCAUACAAACCAGGCUCACAUAUUGAGAACCCAACCUUGGGAAACGGUGAUCUCAAGCAUCCGGAACCGGGAUUCUACUUUGCCUGUCCACCGAACAGGUCCUAUAGUUUCUCCGUCGCUAUGAAGAAGGGGCGAGGAGUGUAUGGUAGGCCCUCAGGGAUUCGGCUUCAACGCGGCUUCCUCCCCUAUCGGAACCUCAAUGCCGACACCUCUGAACACACCUGGUAUCGGGCGGCGCAACUUCAAAGGAGCUUCCCAGAUAUUUGUAAGAAAGUAAACAAGCGCCCAGAGGAAUGGGAGGAUCUGUACGAAUACUUUGACGGAGAGGACAUCUACCAAAUGGGUGCCUACAACGCCUGGUGCGUGGUCAAUGUGCUCUACGAGAUGAACCUUCACAUCCGCGAGGACAUCGAGGCCGAGUGGAAAAAGUUGAUGGAUUUGGCUCUCCAUGAAUGGCUCGCCAACUUUGAUGAUGCCAAAGAUAAGCUUCUAGCUUUCGAGAGGAGCAAGACCACUGACAGCAUCCUCACUGUACUGGAUGAUGCAUCCAACGUCUUUGAUCUUAAAGCAUUGACACCAAACCAGAAGGCAAUCCUGGCGAUACGGACUGGUCUACUGCGUGAGAAACUACUGACAGAGUCGUCAGCAGAGAACAGCAGCGUGACUCUCACUACCCAGUCCAAGCCAACCUUGCACCUUCCUGAGGUUAUAAAUGACCAUUAUGUUGACAUGCCACUUUCGGCUCCACCAGCCGUCUCAUAUUUCCAGACACAGUCGACUCGGCCUGAAUCAUCUCAGAUGCCGGCCUCGACACCGGUGGUGUGCAGCACUCUCAGUGACGAGACUCAAGGCAGUUUCAAAGCAGAGGCAAAAAGCAACAAACUCGACCACCCAAAGACUCCCGAACAUAGGCGGUUCCAGAGCCGAAGCAAUCACGUUUCCCCGACCAAGGUUCCUCAGCAUCGUCAGCCUGCACUCAAUGCUCCAGUGCCUCUGUUCUUUGGCUCACAUUCCCCUGACAAGGGAGAUCAAGGAGGCCGAGUGCCAGCACCGCCGCUGCUUGUCCAACGGGGAGCGUCUGCCCCUCUUGGAUUCCAGCCCCAUCAACAGUUCCCUGUGGCAGUCCCUCAAGGCUAUCAAGGUCCGCAGAUGCAGCCUCCGUCUGUGCUACCAGAUCAGAAUCAUCGGGUACGCUUCCAUCCGUCCUCGUCUGCCGACAAUAUUGAGAGCUACAACAGCACCAGCCAGCAGCAGCAGGCUCAGUCCCGGCAUGUGCAACAGCCCUCGACUGGCAACAUGUCUCAUCGCUCACGCAACUCGAGCACAAGCCCCCAGAAGAACGGAACUUGGGAGCCCCGUGACGUACCCAACUCCAUUCAUGGCCCUGUCGUGUGCCGCUCCGGUUCCCGUCGUGACAGCACCUGCCACGACGGUGGCUCGAAUCUGUCACUCAACAGCGAGACCCGACAUGCUUCAUCAUCGGUAUUGGAGGACCGGAAGAACCUACCCCAUGGCCAAAUUAACGGCCACACCCACAGGCAGCAACAACAUUGCGCCAAUGCUUCUCUCAGCCCAUUUGAACCUUCGACUCAGUGCGAAUGCCGCUUGUGCUGUGGCAAGAGCCGCAGCCUCAUCGUCUUCUUUGACAAGGAGUCUGUGACCGAGUCUCACUUGGAUGGCCUGCGCAGGAUCUUUAGCCACUGGGGACAGAUUGAGCAUGCAAGCAUCUUGUCGAACAAGCGUUAUCAAAAAUCUAAUUUUCAGGUGGCUCUUGUUCGGUACUCUAGCGAUUCCGUGCCGCCAACCGUGCUUCUGGAUAUGCUACCGUCACGGCCAUGUCGUCUGGGAAACAGUAUAAUCCGCGUCAGGCAUCCCAAGGGAUCCAAGCACUUCGCUGGUUAUCAUGCCUCUCCGACCCGCCGUCGCAACUCUGUCGCCAACGGCGUCGCUGCUUCGGGGUCUGUGCCGUCACAUCAGCACCAAAUUCAGGGCAACAAUUCCAUGGCGCAGCCCUCUUGGCCUGUCGACAAUAAGCAGCCCAAUGGCAACGGUCCUAACCCGGGUCAGCAUCCGAAGAAGCCUGCUCACGUUUCCCAAUUGACGCUAGGUCGGGAUCAGCAGCAACCGCAAUACGGCAGCAUCGGACCCGGUCAGACUGGUCUGCCGACUCCACCUCAGUCGGCAAACCUAAACAUGCCCGUCCCGCCAGUACAGGCAUCGAUGUAUAACAUGGGAGGGCUGUCGUAUCAAAUGGCGCCUUUGCCUAGUGGAAUGUCGGCCUAUGCCCACAAUCAGCCACCGUUCAAUUCUGUGACGACGUAUCCUUCGGCAGCUCCCGCUUCAUUGCCAGGCCAGGCCACAUUCAUUUACCAACCGCAGCCUGCUCUUCACAAUCCACCUCAGCAGGCCGGCGUCUUCCUUGGCUUAUCCGCGCCUCCUGCGGUCCCUGCGGCUACUGCUGGGCCUGGCCAUAGCCUGCCAGCCAAGCCAAUGGUAGUUACGAGCGCUAAUGGAGGGCAGAGCAUCACAUCUCAGACCGGACAAGACAGUCGCCACGAUAGUAGGAAGGUAUCUCGAGAAGGCUCUCCCAAGAAACAACUUCCCAGCAGCAAGGUCCAACCGCCUCAUGCGGCCAGCUCGAUGACCCAGCAGGAGCCCGCUGAGAAAGGCAAAGACACAGAGACCAAGACCAACGAGCCCAAGAAGGUUUCCGCGGCCAUCGCCACAGACUUGACUGAAAAGGCCGAUUCCGGAUCGUCCACCGCCACUUCAUCUUUUGUGGUACUGACGCCCAACUCAUCCUUCAACGGCGCCAGCAAUGAGAACUCGCCGGCUCGGUCUCAGCUUGAGGUUGAGGUCCGCGACGGCAAUAUCAUCGAUUAUGGGACCGUUCGCAUCCGGGUCAAGAAGAAUCCCGGUCCGAGUUCUCUCUACAGCGAGUGGAUGAUGUCUGCCGACAACUACGCAGGCACUGUGAAGGAAGCGGCCAUGGAGCUUUCGCCGGAUGCUGAGCAAGGUGACGACGUUGUAGUAUCGACCAAAAUUACCAAAGCUGAAGACUUGCAGGAGCCCGAUGGGCGCUCCGUGGUGCAUGUGGAUGAGAAACUGACCAAUCCUGCAAUGAAGUCCGAUGGUUGCGAACAGGUUCCCGUCACGGCGGGUGCAGAUGAAAAGCAAAGCGGGCCCAAGAAGGGUAAGAGCAAAAAGAAGAGCAAGCGUAACAACCAUAAAAAGACGUUGCAGGCGCCCUCGGAGAUCAGCGACGGGAGCCGCACAAUGAGCUUGGUAUCUGGUCCCUCUGGUCGAGUGACCCCAGAGCCCGCGGCACAUAACAAGCAAGCUGGCGAUGCAGCCGGUGAAACCAAGUCUCCAGCCGACAACGGACCACCAUCACCACCGCAAGAAGUGGCUGAUCUGGCUGUAACCAAGACGCGGGCGGGCAGUGAAGGAGCCGCGGCGCUAGCCAAUGACAACAUGCCCGUGAUUGCUCCUCCCUCGGACCAGACUGGGCCCGAGAACUCGCCCUUUGCGUCGCAAAAGGACGAAAUUUCUCGGCGGCUGGGCGACCGAGAGCCCCCGGUUUCUUCGGUCAUGAGCAAGCCUCCUCCCAAGCUGAUGAUCACGCAGACGAUCAGGAGCAGCACGCUGCCGGCCGGCUUCGACCCAUUUCCUCGAGCCGCGCCUUUGCGGACCGCCACUCCUAAUGCAGCCACUGUUGCAGAUCAACAAGACCAGCGCAAGCUACCGCCGCCGCCGCCGCCGCCGGCUGCACGCGAACUGACACCUCCUGCCACGCCAAAGAAGGACACAUCUUAUUCUGAUUAUCCUCCGGUGCAAGCGGGUACAGUCAAGCUGCCUCCUUCCCCACCAUUGCCAUCCAGCAGGCAGCCUAGCUUCAACCCCAAUGCUCAGGUGUUCGUAUCUGAGGGAUCGCGACAGCCGCCGCGCUUGUUUCAAGGGGCUGCUUCACAACCUGCCGAACAGCAGGAGCCCAAGAAAUUUCAAAAGAAGAAGAAAAAGACGACCAAAAAGUCCCAGAAGAACCAGCAGAACCAGCAAGAAAAGCCCGCUGAUCCCGGUGCGAGCAACGAGUUCAUAAACAGUACCAACUGGCGCGCGACGGGAACUCACGCUGCGAGCACUCAAAAUACCAAUGGCGUCCAGAAGCCGCAAGAAACCGCAAAAUCGCAGGGCAAUACAGCAGCAGCAGCAGCAGCAGCAGCAGCAGCAGCAGCAGCAGUCCAUGGUAGCACCGGCAGCAGCAACCGCAAUGCAGAUAGUCCACUGACGCCAUCAACGCCCCCCGAGCCCGCCUACAAAAAGGGCGACAAGCUAGACGUCAGCAAGGGGGAGACGUUCCUCAAGCACCGUUUCAACGUCAUGACGGAGCUCAAGGGCCGGUCGCAGAAGGAGGACAGGAGCAGCAGGCUCGCUUCGGCCGCCUCCGCCUCGGCGGCUGGUGGUGACUCGUCCAUGUCGUCCACGGCGGCAAAGACCAGCGCCGACAGCAACAAAAGCCCAAUCCCGCCCACUGAGUCCUACAGGGCCUGGCCCAGCCUCCCCAGCAGACCUCCGACGGACCAGCAGGAUGCGCCAUUGUUGACGCCCCGCGGUGGCAGCCUCAAGCGCGACAGCGCAAAGAAGGCAUCGUCGCCCGUUAGCAGUGAGGAGACUGCCAGCACCAUCGUCGACGCCCUUGCCGGCGAGGGUAAGGGUUCAAAAGGGCCCAUGUCUGCGGUACUCAGCAUGAAGCUGACGCAGCACAAGACCCGUGCUAUGAGUAGUGCCAACUGA